AUGAUUGAUUAUAUAUUUUUGAUAAUAGAACUUUAUGGCCUGAGAAUGGUAUUAUAUUGGUCAUUUUUGUUAUUGGGAGAAUUAUAUAAAUGCUUAUAACCAAUUCCUAACAUAAAGAAAAAGUAUGGAAAUGAUUGCUGGGCAGUAAUAACAGGGGCAACAGAUGGAAUUGGAAAAGCUUACUGUUAGGAAUUAGUGAAAUAAAAUGUUAAUGUUUGUAUGAUAAUUAGAAAUAAAGAAAAAGGAGAGAAAUUAAUUUAGGAAUUAAGUGCAAAAUCAACAUCAAAAUUUAGGAUUGUAAUAGCAGAUUUUAUUAGAUGUACAGAAUUAGAUUUUUUUGAUAAAAUAUAUGAAGAAGUAAAAGAUCUUGAUAUCGGAAUACUUAUAAAUAAUGUUGGAGUUUCAAUGGUAUGAUCUUAUAUCUUAUGAAAAAGAAAAACCCAUUUGAGAGAUAAUCAGAAGUUGACAUUCGAUAAAUGCUUACAAUAAAUAUAUUUCCUGUAGUUUUCUUGACUAAAAAGAUAUUGCCAAUUAUGAAAUAAAGAAAAAAUAGAUCUGCUAUUAUCAAUUUAUCUUCAAUAGCAGGUAGAUUACCAUUACCUUUUCAUCAAACUUAUUCUGCUACAAAAGCUUUUGAUGAUCAUUUUUCAUAAUCCUUAGCAUUAGAGGUAGAAGGAAUAGACAUAUUAUCACAUAGACCAUUUUUUGUGACUACUCCUUUAACAAAUUUUGAAAAAGAAGCUGGAGCAAUAACUCCUGAAUAAUGUGCUAGAGGAGGAUUAUAAAGAUUAGGCUUGGAAGUCACUAGCCAUGGAUAUUGGUAUCAUAGGGUUUUAGGAUUUUUAUUAACUUAUAUUAUUCCAUAAUUUAUUAGAACCAGAUAAUUAAAAUAAAUCUUGAUCAAAAGAGCUAAGAAGAAUCAAUGA